AUGGAAAACUACGUCAUGAUGGGGAAGAUCGGGGAAGGCUCGUUCGGCAUCGUGUACAAGGCGAGGUGCAAGCUGAACAACAAGACCGUGGCGAUGAAGAAGGUCCGCAUCGAGGACCGAGACUAUGGAGUGCCGCCGUCGACCAUACGAGAGGUGACCCUUCUUAAGGAGCUAGAUCACAAGAACAUAGUGCGCCUCGUAGAUGUUGUCAUGGGGGGAUCCGCCAAGGCCAUAUACUUAGUGUUUGAGUAUAUGGCCACGGACCUCAAUAGGCGCCUGCAUUCGCUGCCCAAGAACAAGAAGCUGGACGGCGCCGUGGUCAAAAAGUACGUCGGCCAGAUCCUGGAUGCCAUCCUCUACUGCCACAGACGGCGAGUACUGCACCGUGACCUGAAGCCCGCCAACUUGCUCAUCGACCGGAACGACACGAUCAAGGUGGCUGACUUCGGCUUGGGCCGCGCGUUCACCCUGCCCGUGCACCCGUACACCAACGUGGUGGUCACCCUGUGGUACCGAGCCCCCGAGAUCCUCAUGGGCACCUCCCGGUACUCGACGCCCGUCGAUAUUUGGAGCAUCGGCUGCAUCUUCUUCGAGCUGGCCACCGGCAAACCUCCCUUCCGCGGGAACUCGGAGAUCGAGCAGCUGUUUCACAUAUUCCGCAUCCUGGGCACGCCGACGGACGAGACGUGGCCCGACGUGGCGCAGCUGCCGUACUUCAAGCCGACCUUUCCCGCUUGGAAGCCGCGCAACUUGUCCGAACUGCUCCCGGAGGCGGUCAGCGAGGCUAUCGAUCUGCUUAAGAAGAUGUUCAUCUACGUACCCGGCAAAAGGAUAUCGGCCCGAGACGCCCUGGCACACCCCUACUUCACUGGCUCGAGCGAUUCCAAGCAGGCCGACGCCACGGACAAAGUGGCUUGAGCCAGAGUGCGCCUUCCCAGU